AUGGCCGCGGAUGGAACGCGUGGGGGACGCGGGGCCCUGAUUGUUGUUGAGGGCUUGGAUCGAGCAGGCAAAUCCAGCCAAUGCGAGUUCCUUCAUAAGUCUCUACAAGAGUCUGGUCGUUCCGCGAAGUACAUCAGGUUUCCAGACAGAACGACGGCGAUUGGGAAGCUAAUUGAUAGCUAUCUACGCGGACAAUCUCAAUUAGAUGACCACUCCAUCCAUCUCCUUUUCUCUGCCAACCGAUGGGAGAUUGCCCAGAGCAUCGAGUCGGAUAUCGCAGGCGGGACCAAUGUGAUCAUAGACCGCUACUCAUAUUCCGGUGCAGUCUAUUCGGCCGCCAAAGGCAACCCUUCACUCAACCUAGGCUGGGCCUGGGAACCAGAGAUUGGCUUACCAAAGCCGGACCUCUGCAUAUUCCUCAGUAUAUCCUCUGAGGAAGCCGCGAAGCGCGGUGGGUUUGGUGGAGAGCGCUACGAGAACGAGGCUAUGCAAAGUCGCGUUCGCGAGUUGUUUAGCAGCGUCUUCGGCAUGCAACGAAAUACCAAUAUCCAAACAAUUGACGCCGGGAAGUCUUUUGAAGAAGUGUCGCAGGACAUCUCAAUGGUUGUAAACGAGUGUAUUGCACGUGUGGACCCGGCCAGCCCCCUAGGAAAGCUGGAGUCGAUUCACGGUUUAUGA